AUGGAUUUCCUCGAGGCCCAAGUCGAAUCACUUGAAACAGAGAAUGCAGGCCUCAGGAAGCAGUAUCAAGCCAAGGAUCGGCAAUACAAACAGCUGAGUACGGCGAUGCACGACAAAAUCCACAAAGACGGCGACAGAACCGACGAUGAAUUGAUCAAGAAAUUUACCGCGUUCCAAAUUGAGAUACAAAAUUUUCUGCAUCGCCUGUUCAUCCUUGGGCCUGUACAAUGGAUAUCACCCGAGUAUGGUCUGCAGGACAAGGAAGACCAAAAGUCCUAUCUGGAGCACCGAAUUGCCAGUCUCGUGAGCGAACAUAUUUUUGGGCGCGAUGGCAUGGCUCGAGGCAUUUUCGGAAUGGAGCAGGCCCACGAGGGCACGUUGAGUAAGCUGGAGAAGAAGUUUUAUAAGGAAGGAGCAUCGGAAUUCGACUUCUUGGACGGAUGGAGAGCGCAGACUGUCCAGCUGAUCCGGCAAACGAACAGCCGUUCCACCGACCGACCUUCGAAGGCCUUUGGAGAUGCGUUCGACCAAGAUGUGAGGCGGCAUCUCCAGCUCGAGGCACCGCAGGAGGAGUGGCUUCGCCAGGGGAUUUUGCAGCUCUAUGCGAGAGCAACCGAAGCCGCUCUGGAGCUCCGAGAGCGGAAGACACGCUACGUGUGGGCGCAUGCAGAAGAGGUGCGGUCGACCGAUGCGUUUGAGGUGGAGGAUCAGCCUCUGCCUCUGGUCAAAGGCGUCAGUGGUAGAGAAGGGGAGCAGGUGGAGCUGGUCCUGUUCGGGCCUCUGUACCGAGUCGAAGAGGAUGGGAGACGCUUGGUCAUCAGGGCGGGCAGCAUGCUCAGGUGGCAGUAUAUUGCCUCUAGGUAG